CGAUUUAAAGACCUUCCACUAGAGAUUCGCAACGAAGUCUACAAGCUAGCCAUCGGCACCGACAAGUCCUUCACAACGACACGUUGCAACACAGACCCAAAUCGAUGGGCCAUCUUCCGCGUCGACCGACAGCUCAAUCAAGAGGCGACAGCCUUAUUCAGUGACUACGCCCGCAUCGGUAUGCCGAUAGUUGUGGGCUAUCUAAAUAGCCUCUACGAAUACUGGACGAUACCUCAGCUCAGAGUAGCCGAAUUAUUCUGCCGGCACAUCACGUUACAGCUCAGCUUGAACAGCUUGAAUUUCACUAGCGUUUUCGAAGCGCUCGAAAGAAAGCUGCGUCAUGCCAUUCUACCAACAUAUAAUCCGCGCCCAGGAACUCACUGUGUGAAACGCUGGAUUACGAUCGAGAUUGACGAGAUGUUUUGGUGGUUUGUGGCCAGCUCGUUGAGGGGCGGGGUAGCAGCCAAAAACAUGAUAGAGAGCUGGGAGCGUUGCAUGCAACUGAUGAAGCGCGGGAAUCCGGAUUACGACUUCGUCUGGGCAGUUAAAACAGCGCCGCUACCAUGGCUAGCGGAGCCUGUAAACAGGGAGCAGUUCUCCGUGGAUUGGCGGCUAGAUCAAGGUCGUGCACGCCAUGAAUAUCGCCAUCUGCGCAGAGAGGUGUACGGGUGGAGUCUUCGACACGAAGGGGUCGCGGUAGGUCCAAUACGGAAGAUAGACACAGGGUCACCUCAAAAGCUCUGGAAGCCAAGUUGCGCUUUGGUGUGCCAAAAGUUUUUUUGAGCAACGAGUUCGAGGUGCGGACGCUGGUGGAAACGAUCAUAGCGUCCUGCGAAAAGAACGGGAUAGCAUACGAGGUUGGCAUUGCACAGAGCCUUCCGCUUCUGAACAGCCGCCCAGAAACCGCAGUAGAAGCGAAAUGGUUUCACGCGAUGUUGGCGAAUGGCGACACCUAUCAGAUGAUACUACGGAGCCCGGUCACC